CUGUUAUCAGGUUCUCUAGCUUUUCCUACUAGAGGAACAUAAAGCCUCGCUAACUUUCACCCCCACAAUUUUCAAGGGUCUUGUUAUGGGUGGAGGGGGUGGUUAUGGAAGUUUAGUUCACAAAUCUUUUCUAUGUAAACCAACUCCACCUUUAUCCGCCAUAGACAGGUUCCUGUGGGGUUCAAACCACACCCCAACCCAACACCAGUCACAUGAAAAUGCCGAGCCUAAAGAGACUACGUUUGGGUUGUGUGGUUUGUCUUCCAUCAAUAGUGGUGCAAUUAUUGGCUGCUAUGGAACUGGGGUUCCAUGGCUGAGUAACGAAGAGACACCUGAGAUUAUAAACCCUAACAUGAAUAUUGUUAAGGUUGUAGAGAAGAGUGAUAAAGCAACCAAGAGAUGUAAGAAAAUUUCUCGUCCGGUGACUUUGAUCAAGGGUCAAUGGACGGAUGAAGAAGACAGAUUGGUGAAGCAAUAUGGAGUGAGAAAAUGGGCGCAGAUAGCUGAGAAGAUGGUAGGAAGAGCAGGAAAACAGUGUCGCGAGCGGUGGCAUAAUCACUUGCGUCCUGAUAUCAAGAAGGAUACCUGGAGCGAAGAAGAGGAGAGGACAUUAGUGGAAGCUCACUUAAAGGUUGGCAACCGUUGGGCGGAGAUCGCUAAACACAUCCCUGGAAGAACUGAAAAUUCCAUAAAGAAUCAUUGGAAUGCCACAAAGAGGAGGCAGAACUCUAGGAGAAAAAACAAGGAACAAAACCAAAAUGGAAAGCUUCAAUCUUCCAUCCUACAAGACUACAUCAGAAGCCAGAGCAACUCCUCCACAGGCGCCGCUACAACCGCCAACAGCUCCUCCACAGCUGCUGCACCCACCCCUUCUACUUCCACCUUCUCUGAUGACUCUCAUCCUUUGAUUGCUCAAACGUCCCAUGAUGAAGAAUUGCUUUUCAUGCAAAACUUCUUCGGGAAUGAAAAAGUGUUGUCCCUUGAUAUGAGCUCCAGCUCCAAAACAACUACAUCCGGAGGAGAAUCCUUCAGUUAUGUCGAUUCUCAAGUCAACAAUCAUCCAUCUUUGGAUUGUCAAUUUGUUCAUCAUUACUCGAAGGACAUGCUUGAUUUUGGGUCUUUCUCUGCUUCCUCAGAGAGUACUACUACUAAUUGUGUUCAAGCAGAGGAGAAGACUCACAGUGCUGCUCCCCUAUACUCUGACCUUUACCUUUCUUAUCUGUUGAAUGGAGUAAUCGACACACCUCGUUUGUAUCCCAUUAGCAGCCAUGGCUAUGAUGAUGAGACGAAUUUAGACUUGGUUGCGGAUCAAGAUUACUUGAAUCAAAGGAGGGAGAUGGACUUAAUGGAGAUGGUUUCUUCGUCUCAAUUCUCUCUGGGUAGCUUCUAAGUUCUAAUGAUUUUAUCCCAGUUCUACCGUUACGCAGAAAUGGGAUUUUCUGUUUGGAUAGUAGGAAAGUUGGUACUUUGUGAACAAAACGGUCCUUGUUCUCUGUUUGUUAGCUAAAAUGCAUUCAUUUUCAUUUGCUAGUUUGUGUUUUGUUCGUUGACCUAUAUGCUUCCUUGCUUUGUUUUACGUGCGAUGCUUUCUCAACUGGACAUUGGAAGGAAGAAAGCUUGGCAUCAUUCUCUUGAUGCCGAUGCGGAGUUACUGUUGAGUUCCAAUGUCUAAGAGUUGUUUUGUGUGUCAUGUCUUGGGAUUAAUGGGAGAAAUUUUAAUCUUGAGUAUACCAAACCUUUGCGUCUCAUGCUGAAUUAAGUGUCAUAUCACAU